AUGGGUGCCACAUCUGUCCCGUUCCCGUCAAGCAGCCGUCACGCGGCCCCUGAAAUUUCGGGGUGGCUGCUGCGAAACACCUCCGGUGUGACCAACACCCUGAGCCGCCUGCCUGAGGCAGCACCCAGCAGCGUGGGGGCGGAGGGGAUCCGGAUGACCCUGCUCACAGAGGCUCUGGCUGCCCCUGUGAUCCUGCAGCCAGACAUGGCCACGGGCCCUCUUGAGCCUCCCAAGAGGUUCAAGGCUGGCCGGAAGGCCGGACUGGAAGAACCACCCGCGCAGUACUACGGCGAGAUCGGCAUCGGCACCCCGCCGCAGAAGGUCACCGUGGUCUUCGACACCGGCUCCCCCCAUCUCUGGGGGCCGGCCCCUCACCUGCUGGACAUUGCCUGCCUGUUGCACCACAAGUACGAUGCCUCCAAGUCCAGCACCUACGUGAAGAACGGCACUGAGUUCGCCAUCCACUAUGGAACCGGGAGCCUCUCUGGGUACCUGAGCCAGGACACCGUGACGCUGGGUGACUUGGAAAUCAAGAACCAGAUAUUUGGGGAGGCGGUGAAGCAGCCAGGCAUCACCUUCAUUGCUGCCAAGUUCGAUGGCAUCCUGGGCAUGGCGUUCCCAAAGAUCUCUGUAGACAAGGUCACCCCUUUCUUCGAUAACAUCAUGCAGCAGAAGCUGAUUGAGAAAAACAUCUUCUCCUUCUACCUGAACAGGGACCCCACAGCUCAGCCUGGUGGGGAGCUGCUCCUGGGAGGAACUGACCCCAAGUAUUACAGUGGCGACUUCAGCUGGGUGAAUGUCACGCGCAAAGCCUAUUGGCAGGUCCACAUGGACGCGGUGGACGUGGCCAAUGGGCUCACCCUGUGCAAAGGGGGCUGCGAGGCCAUCGUGGACACGGGCACCUCGCUCAUCACCGGCCCCACGAAGGAGGUGAAGGAGCUGCAGAAGGCCAUCGGCGCUAAGCCUCUCAUCAAAGGCGAGUACGUGAUCCCUUGUGAAAAGGUGUCCUCUCUGCCUGUGAUCACGCUCACACUGGGAGGGAAGCCCUACCAGCUCACUGGGGAGCAGUACGUCUUCAAGGUUUCUGCACAGGGGGAGACCAUCUGCCUGAGUGGAUUUUCAGGCCUGGAUGUCCCACCCCCCGGAGGCCCCCUGUGGAUCUUGGGUGAUGUCUUCAUCGGUCCCUACUACACCGUCUUUGACCGUGAUAACGACUCUGUUGGCUUUGCCAAAUGCGUCUAAGCGCCUGACCCACACUGCCUCUGCCACACACACACUUACACACACACGUGGGAGCUGUAGAGAAUGAUUACCAGGAUUAGAAACCCGGGGGGAAGAAAAAAAAAAAGGAAAUGGAGCUAGAUAUAAAUUUACAAGAAAAAUAAUCAUUACUAGUGCUCUGCUAGCUACUUUUUCCCCUCUGUUGAGUAUGUGGUGCUGGGACAGCUCUAGUUGACAACUCCAGCUAGAGUAGCUCCUUGCUUUACUCUUAGAUCUUCCAGUAUUUGUUUUUAAUAUUGAUUCUCAAGGCUGAGCAAUGCCCUCUCA